CACCUUCAGCCAACAUGUAUUUCUCCUUCAAGCUCAUCAUCGUCCUCGCUCUAUCCGCCAUCAGUAUUCCAGUCUCAGCCCACUGCUCCCCAACGAACCAGUCCGAGGCAUGUCUAUGCACGCCCGAUCAACCAGUCACCAAGUACCCCAACAAAUGUCAGAUCACGAAAGUCUUCGACCACCUCGCCCAAGGUAACUUCUCUGCCUUCCUCGCCCAGGUCACGCCCGACGUCCAAUGGACUCUCAUGGGCACCCACGCGCUCGCCGGCGUGUACCACAAUCGCACCAUCUUCGCGAUUGAUGCGUUGCAGCGCCUCUCAAAAACGCUGGAUCCCGCGCACAAAACCUCGCUGAAGCUCACUUUUAUCGUUGGUGGCGGCGAUAGCGAGUGGAGCGUGCAAGAAUUGCAUGGACAGGGUGUUUGCAAGAAUGGACUUAUAUACGACAACAAAUUCAACUGGGUAACGCGCUGGAAUACUGAGGGGAAAAUCGCCGAGUGCCGUGGGUAUCUGGAUUCGGCGUUGGUGCAGCGGGCCAUCACGGAGAAUGAGUCUGGCGAAUAUACCUACACCGACCAGAGGAAUGUGUUGAAAGCGGGUCCUGUGGGCACAGGCUGUACCUCGGAGUAGUAAGUGUGUGCAAUCGUGGCGCUUGGAAGCUCGAGGUCGUGAGGCCUAGAAUCCCGGUGUCAAGUUCAUCUAUGCCCACGGGUUACAGAAGCCGCCUCAUUAAAAAAUGUCUAGAACCAAAUUGUAAAUUCGCGUAUACGAACUUCGUACCUCCUCCCAGCUUACCUCCUCCCACUUCCCUG